UAUCUUUAUCAACCGGACCAAGUCUUCUUCAUUCCUCAUUCUUCAAUCUUCUCCGAUUUCAAAACUCCGGCGACAAUGGAUUCCUCAGGCGACAACAAGCAAGCUUCCUCUCUUUACCCUACUGUUGACACAUCGAAUCCCGAAGCUCCUCGUAACCCUAGCUCUUCUUCUACUAAUAAUAAUCUCUACCCUUCUCUCGAUAUGAAUGAUCUCGCUCGUAAUCUCUUCCCUGAGCAACCGGAGACUAAUUCCUCCUCCGUCUCUGCUCCUCCCGCAGCGACGGAGGAAGUGAUUCUGAAAAUCUCCGGCGCGAUUCUUCACUUGAUCGACAAAUCUUACAGCGUAGAGCUCGCGUGCGGCGAUCUUUCCAUCACCCGUAUUGUUCAAGGAGAGAACGUUGUCGCUGUUCUCGCUAGUGUUUCCGAUGAGAUCCAAUGGCCGUUGACUAAGGACGAGAACUCGGUCAAGGUCGACGAGUCUCAUUACUUCUUCACGCUCCGACCUACAAGCGAUGAAGAAGACGGAGAUGGAAGUAAGAACACUAACGAGAUGUUGAACUACGGACUUACCAUUGCUUCUAAAGGUCAAGAGCAUUUGCUGGUGGAGCUUGAGAAGAUCUUGGAGGAUUACAGUUGUUUCACGGUGCAGCAAGUGUCAGAGGAAGCCAAAGAAGCAGGGGAAAAGGUUUUGGAUGUGACGGUGGCGAGGGAGACGUCUCCGGUGGAGCUUACCGGUGAGAAGAAAGAGGUUGUGGAGAGGCAAUGUUCGGCUUAUUGGACGACUUUAGCUCCCAAUGUGGAGGAUUAUAGUGGGAAGGCGGCUAAGCUGAUUGCUACUGGCUCUGGUCAUUUGAUUAAAGGGAUUCUUUGGUGUGGUGAUGUGACUAUGGAUAGGCUUAUUUGGGGUAAUGGUUUUAUGAAACGGAGGUUGUCAAAGGCUGAGAAGGAGAGUGAAGUUCACCCUGACACUUUGAAAAGAAUCAAGAGAGUGAAGAGGAUGACCAAAAUGACAGAGAAUGUGGCAAACAGCAUGCUCUCUGGAGUUCUUAAAGUUUCUGGAUUCUUCACAAAUGCAGUGGCUAAUAACAAAGUAGGAAAGAAAUUCUUUAGCCUUCUUCCUGGAGAAGUCGUCCUUGCAUCUCUUGACGGAUUCAAUAAGAUAUGUGAUGCUGUUGAAGUAGCUGGGAGGAAUGUAAUGUCAACCUCGUCCACUGUCACAACCGAACUUGUUGAUCACAAGUAUGGAGGUAAAGCGGCUGAGGCGACAAACGAAGGGCUCGAUGCAGCAGGGUAUGCAAUUGGCACAGCCUGGGUUGCUUUCAAGAUCAGAAAGGCUAUUAACCCUAAGAGUGUUCUCAAGCCUUCGACGCUUGCAAAAACCGCCAUUAGAUCUGCAGCUUCACAGAAGAAAGUUUAGUAAGGCUUCUUGAUGAAGCGAAACUGUGGCCCAUUGGUUAUGUUUGUUUGUAUGGUCUUCUUGUCUUUUGAUACAGAAGUAAAACAGUAAAGAGGUGUGGAUUAGUAGUUGUUGUGAAGUGUUUGUGUUUCUAUGAGAAUCAUGUAAUGUCUCGAGUUGAUACGGAAUAUGUACUGUAUGUGUAAGUGGCCUUGGGGUUUCUUUGCUGAUUCCAAAUCAAGAUUCCUUGAAAUUAGUUUUCAUGUU